GGAUGUCAUAAAGACGCCAGCCAGAAAAUAUAUAAGUACAGAGCAAAAGAUGCAUCUUUCCUUUCUGUGGAGUGGUGCCCUUUAUGGAUUAUAAUCUGGUCUAUCAAAAUCCUUCCUGAAUCACAAACAACAAAGGAUCAAAAGGAAUCUUAAAUUUUAGACAAACAACAAAUAGGAAAACAUGGUAGGACUUAAACCCUCAGAUGUUCCCCCUCCACUGGGGGUGAAGAUGGCGAGUGCUGGAGCUGCAGCUUGUAUAGCUGAUAUUGUCACAUUUCCUCUGGACACAGCCAAAGUCAGACUACAGAUUCAGGGAGAGAAGGCGAUGGAGGCAACCAAAAACAUCCGCUACAGAGGAGUGUUUGGGACGAUCAGCACCAUGAUCCGGACUGAGGGGCCCAGGUCUCUGUAUAACGGGCUGGUAGCCGGGCUGCAGAGACAACUGUGCUUCGCCUCCAUUAGAAUUGGCCUCUAUGACAAUGUCAGAGAUUUCUACACUGGUGGAAAAGAGAACCCGGGUGUACUGCUUCGUAUCCUGGCCGGCUGCACUACAGGCGCCAUGGCAGUGUCCUUUGCACAACCUACUGAUGUGGUCAAGGUUCGGUUCCAAGCCCAGAUGAACCUGGAUGGCGUGGCUCGUCGCUACAAUGGAACUAUGCAGGCCUACAAACUCAUCUUCCAGAAUGAGGGCUUACGUGGACUCUGGAAAGGUACACUACCCAACAUCACAAGAAACGCACUGGUCAACUGCACAGAGCUGGUCACAUAUGAUCUGAUCAAAGAGGCCAUCCUUAGACACAAACUGAUGUCAGAUAAUCUGCCGUGCCACUUUGUGUCUGCGUUUGGUGCCGGCUUUGUUACCACUGUGAUCGCUUCCCCGGUAGAUGUGGUGAAAACAAGGUACAUGAACUCACCACCGGGCCAGUACAAGAGUGCGAUCAACUGCGCCUGGACCAUGAUGACUAAGGAGGGGCCGACUGCUUUCUACAAAGGAUUUGUGCCCUCGUUUCUGAGGUUGGGAUCGUGGAACGUCGUCAUGUUCGUCUCAUUUGAGCAAAUCAAGAGAGCCAUGAUGGUCACCAAGAAGAGGUUUGACACCAACAACUGAGAUUCCUGUUUCAAAGUCUGACUGAGAAACCUGAACCACUGACGGGUUGGCACAUCAAUGAAGAAACCUCAUGAAUGUCAACUGAUAUUUUCCGUUUUAUUCUUCUUGUCCUUGUCUUGGUGACAGAGAACAAAAUCCUUUGUUGAAAAAGGACGCUUGUAUCCAACAAUAUGCUGAAUUCAUGUAUAAAAAGACUCAUAGUUCUCCUUUUUAUAUUUAUAAUUUGUCAUAAUGAGAAGUUGAGCUUGCACUUUCAGACCUGUAAAUCUAAAUCUGCCUGUUAUACAUUUUAGGCAGCUUAACAAGUGCACCUUUAUAUGAUAAGUACUAAUGGUUUAUGUAAAUCCUAAAUAUAUAUUUGACUUGUUUUACAGCCUUCCUGCUUGCUUAUUUCACUCGCCUUCUCACACACGGACACGAAUCACAUUUUAAAACAUCAAAAUGUGUAUUUAUUAAGUUUGAGCAAGAUGUGUUAGUCAUUACAUACCUUCCUCAAAAGCAAAUCACAGCAUUAAAAAAAAAAAAAAUACCA